UCUCAUUGGCAGCCGGUGAAAUGCAAGUUUAGACGACAGCGUAGAGCGUGGUCUCAAAAGAGAAGUAACACAGGAAGUGAUUCGAGUCUCAUCGAGUUUGCGUCGAAAGGCUCUUUGACGAGAUACGUGCCACGCUCGCUACCGAGUGGCUGACAUUUUGUUGCUGGCAGCGCUUUUUCCCAACAGCGUCAGGCUGGAGGGAGGAGGUCUAGGCUCGGCUCUCCUCAGAAGGAUUUCCACCAGGAAGCAGUCCAGUAACGACGGCAACAACAUGCGCAGAGUCGGAGACGACAGCGGACCAGGGAGGCUGAGUCGGCACUUUUCCCGGUUGAGCGGGAGGCGUCUUUCCAGGGCGGCAGGUCAACACGACCGAUCUCCCGUGCCGGUACGGGAGCAUCCGGCCCAACACGAUCCUGUCCCGCCUCCAGCGCCAGUUCCGCCCCAAGUUCCGGCUCCGGUUCCUCUUGCCCCGGUCCAGAAAACGCCUCCCAAACGGCCCGAUAAAGCGACCAAGCCCAAAGUGCCCCCUCGGCCGCUUUCCAAGGUGUUCAGUAGUGCUGAACACGGCUCAGCUGUGUUACAGGGUUUGAAUGUUUUCCGCUCAAGUGACACUCUGUGCGAUGUGUUGCUGGUUCCCGGAGACAGUGAAGAAACUUUUCCGGCACACAGAGUCAUCAUGGCCUCGUCCAGCGACUACUUCAAGGCCAUGUUCACGGGGGGUAUGCGCGAGAUGGAUAUGCGCGAGAUCAAGCUGCAUGGUGUCACCAAGUUGGGAUUGAAGAACAUUUUAGACUUCAUCUACACGUCCAAAGUCAACCUGGACAUGGGAAACCUCCAGGACACCCUAGAGGCUGCCAAUUUCUUGCAAGUCAUGCCGGUGCUGACCUUCUGCAACCAGCUUCUGAGCAGAGAGAUCACGGUUGAUAAUUGCUUGGAGGUGGAGAGCAUCGCAUCAGGCUUGCACCUGGAGGAUCUCCAGAAGAACAUUGCUGAGUUUGUGAGCCACAACCUGUCGGCCCUGGUGCAGUGCGGUCACUACCUGCAACUCUCCGAGAAAACUAUCACGGGAGCCCUGGCCAGCAACUCGCUGAACGCCUUCUCGGAAAUGGAGCUCUACCACAUCGCCAAGGGCUGGUUGGCUCAUGACUUUGCCGCGCGCCGCCAUUCCAUCUACGCCUUGAUGCGUCACGUCCGCUUCCCCCUGAUGAGCCCCUCCGAGCUGAUCCUGAUCUCGCACCAAGACGGCGACGGGGCCGACGACGGCGACUCCCUGAUGCGCUCCGAGCCGUCCUGCGUCAACCUCCUGCUGGAGGCCAGCAACUACCAGAUGAUGCCUUUCAUGCAGCCGGGCCUCCAGAGCGAGCGCACGCAGAUCCGCUCGGACGCCACCCACAUCGUGGCGCUGGGCGGCGUCAUGCGGCAGCAACUGGUGGUCAGUCGGGAGUUACGAAUGUACGACGACAAGGCGGCUCGUUGGAGAGCCCUCAAGCCCAUGGAGGUGCCUUGCUACCAGCACGGCGUGGCCCUUCUGGGCGGCUUCCUUUUCAUCGUCGGAGGUCAGAGUACUUACGACACCAAGGGGAAGACGGCCAUCGAUAGCGCCUACCGCUACGACCCGCGCUUCAACGUAUGGCUUCAGAUCGCGUCGCUCAACGAGAAGAGAACCUUCUUCCACCUCAGCGCGCUGAAGGGGAAACUCUACGCCAUUGGUGGCAGGAAUGCGACAGGGGAGAUUGACUCGGUGGAGUGCUACAACCUGAAGACAAACGAGUGGACCUUUGUGAGCAGCAUGGCCGAGUCUCACUACGGCCAUGCCGGGACGGUCCAUGGCGACAUGUUGUACAUCUCAGGCGGCAUCACCCACGACGCCUUCCAGAAGGAGCUGUGGCGCUACGACCCAGCGACGGACGCGUGGACUCGGCGGGCUGACAUGACGGAGCUGCGGGGCCUCCACUGCAUGUGCACGGUGGGCGAUCGGCUCUUCGUCAUGGGCGGCAACCACUUCCGGGGCACCACCGACUACGACGACGUGUUGGGCUGCGAGUACUACAGCCCCGCCGACAACUGCUGGACGGUGGUGGCGCCCAUGCCGCGGGGCCAGAGCGACGUGGGCGUCACCGUCCUCCAGGGCCGCAUCUACGUGGUGGGCGGCUACUCGUGGAACAGCCGCUGCAUGGUGGACAUCGUGCAACGCUACGACCCCGAGACCGACGCCUGGGACCGCGUCUUCGACAUCUUGGAGCCUCUGGGUGGCAUUCGAGCCUGCACCAUGACCGUCCAUCUGCCUGAGGGCUCGGUGGACGAAGCUCACAUCCAGGAAGGACCCUUACCCGCGGGCGAAAACUGAAAUUCGCUAACAAUCGGGCAAAAUAUCUCGGACCUCUUUUUCUUUGAAAGACUCCAGAAAUGGCCACUUCAAAACAAAAUGGCAGCCCCCGCUCAUUUUGUGAUUUCUAUUUUUAUAUAUAAA